GAAGCUCAGGACAGCAGUGUGUGUCCUGCUGCUCAGCAUCGCGAGGCUCAGCACCCACCAUGGCCCUGCGCGUCCUGCUGCCUCUGCUCCUGCUGGCUGCUUCUCUCCUGCUCCACCAGGCUGAAGGUGUGGACAAUCCGGCCUCAGACUGCUGCCUGAAGACCAGCCAGAAGACCAUCCCCAUCAAGCUGGUGAAGACCUACAGCAUCCAGGGCCCUGAGUCAGGAUGCGUGCUGCGUGCUGUUGUGUUCACCACCAAGAAGAACAUGAAAAUCUGCUCCUCUCCUACCGACCCCACUGUCCAGAAGCUGAUCAAGAGCCUGGACAACAGAAGAAAAAACCCUUCCCAGCGCAAACCCAAGAGGCAGAAGAAGAAGCAGGUCUAAGCAAGGCCUGAAGAGGACAAGAACUUUCCCCACUGACCACCGACCAGCAAUGGACACCUGCAGCACACUCACCUUCCAGCGUGGGGCAAGAGGGGACUGUGCUCUGCCCCAUGUCCUCCACCCCUCUGUUGGCACCCCCUUUCCCCAGCAGGGAGCUGAGCCCCAGCAGUGAGCACCUUCACCAUGGUGGGGGGGUUCCUGCAAGGCACCUGGUGGGACGGCAGCUUCAUUUGGGGAUAUUAUACAUUUGUAUUUAUAUUAAAGACUCUGCUUUACACAGUUGCACCUGGAGGGCUCUGCUUGCUGCUUCACAGAGCACCAUUUAUGCUGCAGACUGGCUUUUCUGGAAGAUGGCUCUUAUUUUUAUACCAAAUAAAUGAUGGCUGCAGUUCAUUCCCCUCUAGCCCACUUGCUCUUUUCCAGCUUCCAAGCAGUGCCCAGGGCCAGGGUGCUGCAUCUCACAACACCCAUGGUGGCUGAGAGCAGCAUGGGGACUGCAGGUUCUGCUAUACUGUUGGGCUGGAGCUUACCUUUAGCUUCAAGUUGUUGCAGUAUCACAGUAGGAAGAUAGGUUUUUUUCCAAAUAUCCUUUGAUUUUUUUCAAUCCUUUUUUUUUUAGAUAUAAAAUUGCAAUGAGGUCAGAGCAAACUUCUCAUUUUAGUGCGAUUUUACCGCUUUGUCCUCACUCGUUUUUGCUGUAUUCAGAGAUUGAGUCAUUAUUAAGCAAAGUGCUUUGCUUUCAGGAGCGAUAAAAGAAACUCUCUUAGGCUUUCUUCUCCAAAACGAAAUGUGUGCAUGGUGGAAAUAGUGCACAGAAGAAGGCUAUGCAGGUGCAGCAAUAGAAGAAUCUGCAGAAUUCAUUGCAAAUACAAUAGUGAGCAGCUCUAUCAAACCCUGAGCACACUGAAAAGUGAGGCUGCAAGCAGGUGGGUGGAUAGAUCCCCUGACUGCAGUCUCCCCACUGUGCUGAGGAACAAUGGAAAGGCUCUGUAAAAGCCACAGUGCUGUUUGCUUUUGGCCUUCAGACGUGGACUUCAGUCAGUAAGGGUCUAUUAAGCUGUAUGAUUACAGUAAUAGGAUUUGUGGGGCUUAAAAAUUUCAGCAUAGGAAGUGUGCUGGCUGGCGAACACUUGUAGCUGAGUGCUUCUAUUGAGUGCAUUUAUAUGGCUGAUUGCUUUAUCUGGUGAGCGUUGAGGUGUAUUCUUUUAAGACUGUAAAGAAACUGUGAAGAACCCGAUACCGACCCUGGGCACUGAGCUGGCCCUGUGCCACAGUGCGGCUGUCCGGGCUCCAGGCAGGAUGCAAGGCAAUAAAACAUAUCUUUCAAACACAAA